CGACGGUUGAAAACUUACAGUAUGUUAAAGAUUUUGUGCUUAAGCGUCACCGGUGGCGCGUCAAGUGUUAAAAGGGUUAACCAAUCCUUGAACAUUCAGAAAGAUCCUUAAAACAAAAGUUUAUUAAAUGUCAAUUUUGUUUUAAUAUUUCUUAGUUUAUAGGAAAAAAAUUAUCUUCAGUCCUAAAACAAAUUAAAAGAAAUGAAAGAAAAUCUAAAAGUUUUAUUUUUUUAUUUCUAUUUUUUUUUUGCAAGUAUCUUAGUUUGGCACAAUAAAAUGUUGACCUCCUAUAAAUAUUUUAUACAUUUAAAUGUUACCAAACUGGUUUAGUCUGAACUAUUUUCUUACGUAACAAAAAAAAAAUUAAACAUUUGUGACACCAAAAGACAAAAACAAAUGAAUUUAAAUCAAACCAAACCACAAAGUGAUGGAAAUCCCCCUUCCACUCUGCAGCCAUGUAAACACAUUAUGUGGUUAUCUCUUACACAUUGUUCUCUAAACCCCGGCAGAGUCGACCACCUCUACACCUUCUUUGUGCAGUGGACCCCAGAGAAGUACACUGAAGCCAUCAAAAAGCACUGCCAGGCUCGGCACUUCAGGAAGAAGCCUAAAAACCGCUUUUUCGCCGACAAGAAUGUGAUCAACAGCCUUUUCAGCAAUCUGAACGACAACCUCAAAGCUGCAAACAACUGGGAGGUGAGUUUGAUACCACUGUAACAGAAAGCCUCAGAGAUGUUUCUGAGGAACGUCCCACUCCCCUUAUAAGGACAUCCUGCGCUUUGAGAAGCGUUCCCCGUCUUACUGGAAAGAGAGAAAGGAGUGUUUAACCCAACCACAGGGUUCUUCUGAAAUUUCCAACCAAUGAAAGUGAAAAACAAACCAAAAAAAAAAACAACUCAUGAGGGUAUAUAAUGCCUGCUACUGUAUGAGGCAAUCGCUGAAGACUUGAUAGGAGCUAUGAAGAUAACACUGGAAAAUAUGAAGGUUCUGUUUUGUGCCAGUGACUGUGUGGAGCCAUAUGUUAAGUUUAUCACAGUGAAGCAAACAAAGCAACACAUUAACUUGUGCAACUUAGAGGACUUUGAGGAAGAGGAGCAGGAGGUGGAAGAUGAUCUUCCCGUCCUGAGUGACCAAAGUCUGCUGCUGGAUGACCAUCACCUCAAAACACUUGUUGCUCAUCUACCGCAAAGAACUCAAGGCUACAAGUGGAAUCUGGUCUACAGCACAGCCAUCCACGGGAGCAGCCUGAAGACUCUCUACAGAAACAUGGCUGGUCUGGACAGCCCGGUACUGCUGGUCAUCAAAGACAUGCACAAAAAGGUGUUUGGAGCGUUUUCUUCAGAUCCAUUUAGAAUCAGUAAAUACUGCUACGGCACCGGGGAAACCUUUCUGUUCACCUUCAGCCCUGAUUUCCAGCAAUACAAGUGGAGCGGAGAAAACUCUUAUUUUGUGAGUGGAGACUUGGGGUCGCUGCAGAUUGGUGGAGGAGGUGGCGGUUUUGCCUUGUGGCUGGAUGCUGAUCUGUACCACGGUGCCAGUUUUUCCUGCCCUACCUUUAAAAACGCAACACUUUCCACGCAUGAAGACUUCAUAGUACAAGACGCCGAGGUCUGGACGGUGCAGAACUGACUGAAGAACAAUGACCCAGUAACAAAGCUGCUAUUUCUGGAGUUAAUCAACUUCAAGAUCUCAGGGAAAAUGAGAGGUCAAGACACUACUUUUGCUAAAAUACAAAGAGUUUGGGAGUAUGAAAAAAGGCCUGUUUACACGACUCUCAAGCAUUUUUGAGCCUCUUCAGGACAGGUGCUUAUAGUGUUUUACCUUAUCGAGUUGCUCUUUGCAAAGAGAUCAUUAUGCAGUACGGUUGAACAAAAAUAUGUUAGAAGUCAACAGCAACUGAAAGCACAAUUUAAAUAGAAAAAAUAUUUUUUCAGUCCUCUUUACUUUAAUUCUUUUGUUUUCUUUAAAUGUUUUCUUGAGUGUCUACAUUACUGAAUUGUGUUUGUGAUGCAUCAGCUUCAUUUUCUAAUGUAAUCAACCUUUCAUGAUUACGUUUUCAGUCAUUCUGACAAGAAGGGUUCUUAAAAAAGCCCAUCUUUCUUAAGGAAGUUAAAACCAAAGCAAAGUUAUGAAAAAAAUAAUAAUCAGAGGUGCACUUCAAACAGCUUGAUGUAUACUCUGUUGUGUGUUUUUUAUUUUAUUUUUCUAUAUAGGGAACUGAAUAUCUGCUGUACUGACCUUUAUGCUUACAAUUGCACAGAAAUAUUACUGUACGAGUGCUUUUUAAUAUUGAAACGCGUGUAUAUUUUUUAGAAAAAAAAAAUAUAUAAAAAAAGAAAGCUAAGAAGAUCUGAAUGUGUCUGGUUUGCCUGUGAGUAUGCAUAUAUGCCUGCUGUGCAGUGCCACUGUACUCCUUCAAUGACACCUCAAUAAAACUUUGUCUUUCCUGUUCAAAGCA